UAAAAACGGUUGUUUACCUAUGCAUGUAAAUAUAAUUAACUGCAGCAUUAAUGAUAUGAACAAUAAACUACGAGUUGUAUUUUCUGAAAACGGUUGAUAACGUUCGAAUGUAAAUAUUAUUAACUGCAAGAUAUUGAACUUAUAUAAUGUGUACUCUUUAUAAAAAAGGAUAAUCUAAAUAAUCAAAAUGUCAGUGAAAAACGACAUAGAAAAUGAAUCGAAAGUUAUAGCUGAUUUAUUGACGGCGGCUAGGGAUGGACAGUGGGAUCACGUCUGGGGCAUUUUAGGAACCCCUGAUGCUCCGAGAAAGAGUUAUUUGAUAAACGUGAUACCUGAAAAUAGGCGAUGGGGUGUUAUUCACCAGGCUGUCUACUGGAGGAAUCAUAACGUUAUGAGAAAAAUAUUAGGCUUUAAAACAUGCGACAGGAAGGCCAAAACUAAAGCUUGCACAUCUGAAUGCGGAGAUACAAGCCGACAGACGCCACUAGAAGUAGCUGUAUCAUAUGGGUACACAGACAUAAAGAGCAUCAUUCGCAAAAACGGAAAAGACCUAAACGACACACCCGUCCAAACCUUCCAGCUGUACGAGUCAUACAAUGAACAGUGGGCUCUUGGUUUACUUUCUGUCACAUUAGCUGCAUACAAAAAUUCAUUCCACCCAAGCCCGAUUGACAAAACAAAGAACAUGGUUUCGAUUCUUGCAGAUGUAUGGACUUCCAUGCACCAAUCAGAAGAAAGAUGGCAGACUAUUAGGGACAUUGUGGCUGAUUCAGUUUACAUUGUAUGCGAGGACAACAGUGAUAGAAUUAAAGCUAGCAAAAGUUUACACGAUUUCUUUCUUUCAAUCAUACAAACAUACACAGAGGAAGAGAACUACAUGUACACAUUUCUGAGCAUGGCCUUAAGACGACAAUGUCACACAAAUUACUCCGGAGACGACCUUGCUCUAGGGCCAUACGCCGUUGUUUACCAGAUGUUGUUGUUAUUUUGGAAAAAGGUUCCUCGGGAAAACCGCCAAACCUUCCGCAAGAUGAUGCUGACACAACAGGACUGCGACAAGUACCAAGUAGGAACAAAAUUCGUGUGGCCUUCGGUUAUAUCUUCAUCUACAAACCUACAAAGCGCCGUGCCGUUUCCGACUUGUGGAGCCUCCGGGGAUAGAUCAGUGAUAUUUACGAUCGACAAUAGCACACCGAGCUGCUGGAAGCCAAGAAAUAUUGAAAAGUAUGCAACGUAUAUGGAGCAUGAACGAACCUAUCCUGCCGGAGCCAGGUUCGUGGUGACUGGAAGAACGCAGAAGAAUGAGGACAUUCAUGUGGCAUUGAGACUUCUCGUCAAAUAAAAAAAGACAAUUUAAAAUUCAGUGAAUGUGUUUCACUUCGGGAAAUUGUCAACCGACAUGAAUAUAAAAAAUAUAUGCAAACGAACCGUUAGUUAAUUCUGAUACAUAAUACUCCUUUUAGUUGUUAACUAGCUAGCGCUUAUCAUUUGUCAGAUUAUUGUAAUUUGUGAAUAAAUAGUCGUGUUAUGUCGUGUAUUCAUAAAUAUAGAAUGAUGAAAAAUUGAAUAUUGGAAUCCCAGUGAUUGCACAUAUCACUAGGAAAUCUAAGUAUAUAUAAGCAUCGUAUUAUCUUUAAUAUUUUUUGUUAUCUUCACUGCUAAUUGUUAGUUGCGGAGAAAUGAGUUCCUGUACAAGCCGACAGACGCAAAUGCAAGUAACUGUAUCGUUUGGUUACAAGUAUGUGAAUAACAUCAUUCUCAAAGACGGAACGCACAACGUAAAUUACUUGUUCCAACAUUUCAACAGUAUCAGUUCUUCAGUGAACAACGGACACUUGGGUUGCUUUCUGUCACGUUCGUAUCCAACAAACAUCCAUUCAAACUAAGCCAUUUUUAUCCAAGAAAUGACAUGGUUUUAAUUGUGAAAGAUAUAUGAAAUUUCAUGCACAAUUCUGAAAAUAGAUGACAGAGCAUCAGGGACACUGUAGCUGAUUCCGUUUCAUUGUUUGCACGACCAACAGUGACAUUAUCAAAGCGAGCAAAACUAAACAAGAGCUAUUUAUAUUGAUCAUACAUACGUAUACCGGAGAGGAGAACUAUAUGAACACGUUUCUGAAGAUGGCUUUUAGACGACAAAGCCAGGCAAACUACUCUCCAUCCGAAGAUGAUCUUUCUCUUGGCCCUAACCACGUGGUUUUCCAGAUGCUGCUGCUGUUCUGGCAAGAAAUACCUCGGUAAAACCGCCCAACCUACCGAAAGAUGAUGCUUACACAGCAAAAUUAAGAUAGCGAAAAAAUGUAAAGAACAAAGUAGGAACAAAAUUCGUGUGGCAAUCGGUUGUAUCUACAACUACAGCGCUGACAAAACGCUGUGCCGUUUCCGACAUGCGGAACCUCAGUGGAAAAGACUGUGCUAUUUACGAUUGACAACCGCACACCGAGGUCCUGCAGGAGCUAGUUUUGCUGUGAUUGAAAGAACGCAGAGGAGAGGGGACACGCAUGUGGCAUUGAAACUCCUCGAGAAAUAAACCAUAUUAUACAACACAACGGUGAAUAUGUUUCACUACGACAUUUGAACAAACCGAAAGUGACUUGGAGUUAUAUAAAACUGAGUGUUUUUAUGAAUCAUAAAUACAUGUACAUGUGGCAAUGACUGAAGCAGAGUUUAUGUGGUGCAAAUUUAGUUCUUUCCUUGUUUACGUUUUUGACAUUGCUUGUUCCAGUUUUUUAAAUAAAUGUCUUCUUCGAA